AUGGCAUCUCUCCGUGUUGCUCUGGCCCUUCUUGGCUUGGCUUGUCUCAUCAAUGCCGUUCCUGUUGAACAAGUUGUUAGCAAGCGUAGGCAUAUGAUUGCUGGACGCCCUCACUUUGGACUUGUUCCUAAGCCACAGGUUGGAGAGUUCGUCAUGCAAGAUUCUGUCGUUUCUGGAACUAUCGACAACUACAUUGAUCAUUUGAACAAAUCUAUGGGAACUUUCAAGCAGAGAUAUUGGUCCAACAGUCAAUGGUACAAACCAGGAGGACCAGUCUUCUUCAUGCUUGGAGGAGAAAGUGCUGAGAAUGGAUAUUGGGUUUCUGAUGGUGAUCUUGAAUGGACUCAAAUGGCCAAAACCCACGGAGCCCAAGUCUACCUCGUUGAGCAUCGUUAUUACGGAGAAAGUCGUCCAACCCCUGAUAUGUCUACUAGCAACUUGUUGUACUUGAGUUCCGCACAAGCUCUUGAAGACUUCGCUUACUUCAUUACUUUGAUGAAGACUCAAAACCCUAACUUCCAAAACGUUUCAUGGGUUACUUUCGGAGGAUCUUACUCAGGAAACUUGGCUGCCUGGAUGAGAAUCAAGCACCCAGAACAUGUCACUCAUGCCGUCGGAAGCAGUGGACCAGUCCUUGCUGAACUUGACUUCGUCGAGUAUAUGGAAGUUGUAAGAAGCUCCAUUAGCCAAACCUCUCAAUCCUGCGCUGAUUCCAUUACUGCCGGUAUGAGUCAAGUUGCUCAACUUCUUCAAACCGCUGCUGGACGUACAACUCUCAAGUCCACUUUCAACUUGUGCCAAUCUCUUAACAUCAACGACGCCAACCAAAUCCAAAACUUCUGGUCCUCUUUGUUCGGACCUUACAUGGAGACUGUUCAAUACUCUGGAGACAACGCUGGUGUUUUCAAGAACUCUGUUACCAUCAACAGAGCCAUUUGCAAGUUCCACAACAACAACUCUUCUUCCCUCUUAGACAGACUGAAGCAGGUCAACAGUUACUAUGACGCCGUCUUCGGAUAUUACGGAUGUUCUGAUAUUGAUUACAACGGCAUGAUCACUUGGAUGCAAAACACUGCUUUCGGUGCUGAAUCCUCUGACACCAGAGCCUGGGUUUACCAAACCUGUACCGAAUUCGGAUAUUACCAAAGUACCGACUCUGUUACUGCCGGACCAUUCUGGGGAGGACGCGGAAACGUUAACAUCACCUUCUACACUCAACAAUGCGCACAAGUCUAUGGUCCCCAAUUCACCAACUCCAAUAUCCAAAGCGGAGUCUCUGGAACUAACUGGUUUUACGGUGGACGUACAAUGAACUCUUCCUACAUCAUUCUUCCCAAUGGAGACUUUGACCCAUGGCACGCACUCGGAAAAUUGAACACUGACUUGGGAUCUACCAUUGUACCUGUCGUCAUUCACGGAACCGCCCAUUGUGCCGAUAUGUACCCAGCUUCUUCAACCGACUUGAGCAGUUUGACCAAUGCUCGUAAGAAGAUUGCUGAUACCUUGGCAGGAUGGUUGAAUAACUAA